AGUUUGCUUCCUCGGCGGCAUAUUCGAAGCACCUUCACAUUGGUGCUAGUGCAAUUGUUUGCUUUUGCUUAGGGAAGGGGACCAUAUACUUGGACAGGAUGUCACUUUCCCUGGAGACUCGCGAACAGUAUAUCCAGGUUAUCGACUCCAUUCUGGCCCAAAGUGAUCUGAACGUCAUCUCCGAAAAGCGCAUCCGCAGAGGCCUCCAGGAUGCCGUCGGCCAUGAUCUCACACCGCAGAAGGCUGCGAUCAAGCAGCUUAUCAUGGAACGAUUCGACAUUUUCGCGGACCAGGAUGGGGUAAAUGCUUCUGGGGAUGGGGAUAAGUUGGCCGAAUCGACGACCAACGGCCAUGAUAACAGCGGCGGCUCAGUCACGCCUGCCGAACCCUCGCCCUCCACGCUCUCCGCAUCACCACAGAAACGCGCAGUAGAAAGCGAAGAACCAGCAGAUAGCCCCGAUGACACAUCCCCACCGGCCAAGAAACAGAAGCCGGAUCACGAUAUCGACGCAGAUGCCCUCUUUGCGGCCAAAUUACAAGCCGAAGAAAAUUUGCGUGCCCGGCCCACUCGAGGUGCCAGCACACGGAGAGCGGCGCCUGUGAAGAAGAAAGCCAAGCCUAAAUCCAAGACAAAGACGUCCAAGAAGGUCAAGGCAGAGGAUGAUUCGGAUGUUGGUUCGGGAUCCGAGUCGGGCAAGAAGGAGGUUAAACGGUCUGGCGGAUUUCACCUAUCGCGACCCCAAACAGUCAAGAAAAUGUGGGAGUAUAUUCACAAAAAUGAGCUUCAAGACCCCAGCGACCGACGCCACAUCCUAUGUGAUGAUGGAAUGCGUGCCGUCUUUAAGCAGGAUCGGAUACACAUGUUCGCCAUGACCAAAAUUCUCAAUCAAAACCUGUACAGUCCAGACGAUUAGUCCACAUAUCUGGAGCUCCAUGACGAUAUGUCUGCUUUUCUCGUUUAAAGCUGGGUAGUCUAACCUGCCCUGCUGCAUUUACGACGUUCGAUAUUCCCUUUUCAGCACUGUUCACUGCAUAAAUAUAUUUACUUCAUUUCUUUUUUACAAUUUUCCUUUUCUCAUAUUCCUCCAGCGGGAGU